AUGAGUUAUAAUAAUGCAGAAAACAGUAAUGUUUACGAACUUUCUAAUCCAUAUGAAGAAGCAAGUAAUGAUUUAUCAAACAAGACAAACUCAUACUCAAAUUCAAAUUCAAAUUUAAAUAACAAUCCAAACAUUGCCUCUAGCAACGCUUAUGCUACUACCAAAGCUACAAACAGUAACAACGGCAAUGAUUUCAUCCAAUUUAUGAACAGAAUCAACGAAAUUAACCAAGAUUUAGAAAUCUAUGAAAGAAACAUUAACGAAAUUGAAAAAUUACAAAGACAACUAUUAAUCCAAGUAAACGAAGAAGAAGAAUCAUCAAUAAGAUACCAAUUAGACAACAUAGUCUCUCAAACUUCCUCUUUACAAAACCAAUUAAAAUUCAACAUUAAAGAUGCUCAAAGAGAAGGUCUACAUGACACCAACAAACAAACUCAAGCUGAAAAUUCAAGACAAAAAUUCUUGAAAUUAAUUCAAGAUUAUAGAAUCAUCGAAUCUAAUUACAAAGAUGAAAAUAAACAACAAGCCAAAAGACAAUAUUUGAUAGUACAACCAGAAGCCACUGAAGAAGAAGUCGAAAACGCAAUCAGUGAUACUAAUGGACAACAAAUCUUCUCACAAGCUCUAUUGAACGCAAAUAGACGUGGUGAAGCUAAGACUGCAUUAGCCGAAGUACAAGCAAGACACCAAGAAUUAUUACAAUUGGAAAAAUCAAUGGCUGAAUUGAAUCAAUUGUUUAAUGAUAUGGAACAACUUGUGAUAGAACAACAAGAAAAUGUUGAAGUCAUCGAUAAGAACGUAGAAGACGCUCAAGAAGAUGUCGAACAAGGUGUAGGACAUACCAAUAAAGCUGUAAAGAGUGCUAGAAGAGCAAGAAGAAAUAAGAUAAGAUGUGCUAUUAUUUGUUUCAUUAUUUUCGCUAUCGUCGUCGUCGUUGUUGUCGUUCCUUCCGUUGUCGAAACAAGAAAAUAA